GUUAAAUAUAUAUAUAUAUAUAUAUAUCAACACAUCUUCUAAAAUGUGUGUUAUAUAUUCGAUAGAGUUCAACAUUUUAUCUCAACACUGUUAAAAUCCAUUUAAUUUUUAUCGCUCGACUGAUACCUCGGAUUUUAUUAACAAGCAACAUGGAUUGUUGUGGGCCAAAUUCAAUACGUAUCAAAAAGCCAACAGGACGAGUAGUGAAGACGGGUUACCUAACGAUUUAUGAACAAGGAUGUUUUCUCAACGGAUGGAAGUCCCGUUAUUUUGUGUUGUUUGACGACAGUAGUCUCUUAUGGUAUCAGGACCGCGACUAUUACCACCACAAGGGUGGUAUUAAACUCAAGAUGGUAGCUAAUUUCAUGGCAGUUGGACCAAUGUGUCUUCAUACUGCUGGAUUUCCUCAACUUCCGAAAGGCAGACAAGUUAUACAUUUAAUGGGUGUUCCAGACAUCUUCAAAAAGGGAACCAAAAAAGAAUAUAUUAAAAUGAACUGGAUUUUAUUUACGGCAGGUGAUGAGGACAUGAUGGCUUGGCUGGAGGCAAUCAAACCAACGCUGCCGCCACCUCCUGCAAGGCCUGAGCGUCCUCAUCAUUCAAGCAAUAGUCACCAGACUGGACCAAUUCCACCCACAAAUGUUGUACAAUACCAACCACAAGGUAAAUUACCGAAGAAUAAAGAGGAACGGAGCAAUACAGACUUUACAACUGGUGUAAUCCUUGGAGGAGCCAUAGGUUAUGGUCUUGGUGGUUAUGGACCCGGUUGGGGCUGGGGUUGGGGAUGGGGAUGGGGACCAACCCCCUACGGUGGAUUCUGGGGAAGUUGGAGUGACUUUGGUGACGGUGGAAGCGUGGACAUCGAUCAAAUUGACUAUGAUUGUGGUAAUGACAAUGAUUACGGAUAUGAUACACACGAUGUUGGUGACUUCGAAGCUGGUAAUGAUGGUGCUGGAGGAGACUUUGGUGAUAGUGGCGGUGCUGGUGGCGGGUGUGGUGGUGGUGGUGAUGGCGGAGGUGGCGAUGGUGGCGGUGGGGGCGGAGGAUGCGGUGGUGGAGGAUGUGGGGGUGGUGGAUGUGGUGGCGGUGGAUGUGGUGGCGGUUAA